AUUUGAUUUCAAAUGUAAACAUGGAGAUUAAAAAACUAUGUCCAGAUGUUUUAUCUAAGUUAAGAAGCACUUACACAAUGAAUACAGUAACUCAAUGUGUCAUUGAAUUAGUUCUGAAUAGCUUGGAUGCUAAGUCAACAGCCAUAGCAGUAAGAAUAAACCUCGUCACUUUCAGAAUUCAGGUUGUAGAUAAUGGAGAAGGGAUUCUGGAGGAGAACCUGAGUCAGGUGGGGCGAAGAUACUUUACUAAUAAGUGUAAAACCUUGGAACAGUUGGAGAAACACAUCAAGUAUUAUGGGUUUCGGGGAGAAGCUUUAGCAAGUAUAAUAGAAUCUUCUAAGAGCGUUAAUAUUACUUCUAGACAUGCAAGUUCUUCUGAAACUUAUAGUAAGACCUGUGGAAAGCAUACCAAUAAGGGUGUAACACAGGUAAGAGACCGGCCAAGCGUUGGCACCACCGUAACAGUUGAGGGGUUUUUCUACAAUCUUCCUGUGAGAAGGAAACGGUUGAUCAGUGAACUGGAACUUGAAGAAAUCAAGAAUAGCAUGGAAAGCUUAAUGAUAAUGAAUCCUGAAGUGUCUUUUACUAUUCGCAACGACGUUACCAGUGAACUGCUCCUCAAUACUCAGAAAAACAAAGAUAUAUUAUCCUCUUUCAAGUACUUGCAUCCCGAGGUAGGUGACGAUUUUUGUUUCAUGAAAAUAUCGAAGGGAAAAUUGUCAGUUGAUGCACUUUUGUUUAAAGAGUUAUCAGAUAACAAGAGACUCCAGUAUCUUUUUGUGAAUAAACGCCCAAUUUGCUCUCCAAAAAUCCAAAAACUGGUUUGUAAAAUGUACUAUAAGUUCCAUAAAAUAAGUAAGAAGAAAUCUGUAGAAUUUGUCAACAAAUAUCCAGUAUUUGUGAUAAAUGUUAAGUGUCCUUAUUCUCAGUUAGAUAUUUUGCUGAAUCCCUCCAAAACUAUGGUGGAAUUUGAAAACUGGGAUGUGGUUCAGAGAUGCAUUGAAAAAUUGAUCACAUCAUUUUUUGGUGAUGUAGAACAACCACAAAACAAUAAUGAACCUGUUUUACCUUUGGAAAACUCUAAAAAACACAGUGGAGUAUCUGCAAUAGCUGGAGCCUUCAGAAGCUACGGUUAUAAAAGAAAAAACUCCGAAAACGAGGCAAAAACACCAGAAAAGGCGAUUAAGUUAGCAGACGAAGAUGUUGCAGAAGAGAGACAGCUAGGUGGCAAAAUAUCUGAUGAUGCAAUUGAAGAUUCUUUGUGGUUGAAAAUGACGCAGGACAAAAAAACGAUCUGUCCCAAGGCAGUACAGGAGAAAACUAAAGCGAAAAAGUCCCCAAAGAGAGAUGUAGCUCAAAAAUUGGAUGUUCAAAGAGUUGAAGAUAUUCCUGAUACAGAAUCCUGUCAUAUAAGUGAUUCAUCUCCUUCAGCCAUCGCUAAACCAAAAAUCAAAAUCAAGAAACCUCUUCCAGUGACGGUUUUCCAAAAGAAAAAACAGGCCAACAAAAACUCUGAAGCGAGCAAACUUGCUAGGAAGCAAACGCUACAUUUGGAAAAGCCAAUGGCAACCCGGCAGGACGAUGCAAAAUCCACCCUGUCCAAGUUUACCGACGACCAAACCAAAGGUAAGAGCCUCAUAAUGAACAUGUUUCUGAAGUCGACCCAAAUAUACAGCAGCGACGAAAACAUGGGAGAAAUCAACGCCAGCCAAGAGACCGUGUACGAGGAAGAAUCUAAUUUUCUGAUGGAAAACAAUUUCCAGACUAAAGUCAAUGGGGUGAGCAAUGCAAUGUCGGUUUCUGUGAACGUGAAGAGCACCAAGAAGAUUAGACAAGCUAAGAACGCGGGGCAGAAAGCUUCCAAGUGCGUGCAGACUAGUUUCGAAGACAACAGAAUGAUUUCCAAGGGCUUGCAAACAACAUUCAACCUCCACAGAAAGAAAAAGAAACACGACAGUAUUUUCCCAGAUAGUACGGGUGAAGAUAACUACACUAUAGUGCUUUCGGACAGGGGAGCAGGAGGUCACUUCAAGUUUGUUCUGAAAGAUACGGGGUGUGAAGAAAAACCAGGUUUUGAAAAACUCUUCAUUGAUAAAAAAUGCAUCUGCAACUGUCACGAGGACACCAGUAAAUAUUUUAAUUUUGAAACAGAACGUUCCGACGAAUUUGGCGUUGAUUUUCUAGAUAGUGAUAAAUUCAAUAAACUCAAUUUUAAUUUGGGAUCAGCUGGGCAAAAGAAGACAUCGAAAUAUUGUAAAAACACAAACCACAUUGAACCUGACAGAGCCUUUGCGGGGCAUAUAGAAACAGAAAAUAGGUUUCGAAAUGCCCGAGUAUAUGAAAGAAGUCCCUACUUCACAUCGAACAGAAAGAACAAAUUACAAACUUUCAAUGUCCCUGACAAUUAUAUUAACGGUAUAAGUUAUAACCCUUAUUACGAGCCGUAUUUCCUUCCGCAAUAUCAGUAUCUUCCUAAGCCCCAAUAUAGGCAUCUUAUGGACUUCCAAUAUCAGUAUGGUAUUCACAAUAAUCCCUACAUCAAUGAAAAUCCCGUUUUACCUCAGUAUCCUGAGCCAAACAAGUUUUGUGAAGAUUUACCGCCAAAUUGUAGCCCCCAAUCUUCACAAGACAAUAUUCCAAAUUUUGACUGUUCUUUUAUGGUUAAUGAAGACGAUCGCAAUGAAAAAACGCUCCGUACAAACGACUGGACAAUCGGAUCUUUUGGUCAAUUCAAACCUGCCCACUUGAGUACCCAGCAGAACGAUAAUGACAAGGUACGAGACAGAACUGAUUUAGUGUUCAGUCAAUCUUUUGAGAAGCACUUCAAUCCUAAUAUAGAGCCUCUGAUAAAUCUAUUAAGCGUUUCUGAAGAACGCAAUAGAGAUAACGCGCCAGAAAAGUUUUGCUCAGCACCUAAUCCAUCUGAAAAAGUUGAUGUGGAAACUAGAAAUGAUGAAGAUGAUGUUAAUCCUACCUUGCAGGCGAGGACUUCUCCAAAUACUCACAACUCUUCUAUUUUGAAUACACAGCAGAGGCUCGAAAAAGAGUGGGAAACUGAGCGAAGUGUUCUGGCCAAAGAAUUCAUGGAAUGGGACAGCCAAUUCACAGACGCUGCAAAGGAAGGAAACUUCAAGAAGAGCGACAAAGAUGAAAUCACCGAGGACUGGAUCAAAAAGUUUAAUGAUUUUGGGAGCAGUUACUAUAUUAAUAAGCGAACUGGUUUUACCACAUAUUGUACCCCAAAGCCCGCGGGGGAGCAGUUUAAAAUAGCGGAGCGACUGGAUUUCGUCCCAAAAGGAAUGUCGCCUAUAUUGAUGGAGAUCAAAGAGGUCGAUAGGUCAUUGAGUCAAAACGGCAAAGACAAGCUGCUGGAGUAUAUUAUGGAAACUUACAAAAACGAGUUGAUCUAUAUUAAAUGGCAGCAUUAUUUGAAAGAUGUUGACCCAAGUACAUUUUUCGAAAAUAUGUACAAAGAAAAACUGAAAAUGUUUGAGGACAGUAUCCCUAAUAUAAGCAUAGGAAAGAAGAACUUGACCGACGUCGUAAGUUUCAGCAAUACUUUAUUCAAUAACAUCGAGGUUAUAGGUCAAGUGGACAAAAAGUUCAUCGCAGUUUUGGACAGAGAAAGCAAUUUGCUAAUACUAUUCGAUCAACAUGCCGUUCACGAAAGAAUUCGGCUGGAGAAGUUGUUAAAAAUUUACAAGGAGGCCAAAUCAGAACUCGCGGAGAAGUUGUUAUUUUUCAUUCCUGAAAACGACUUACAGCUGCUGAAGAAACGCGAAUCCUAUUUGAACUUUUUGGGACUCUCAGUCGAGUUCUUCACUAAUGGAAUUAACGUUAUUCAAGUACCUCUGAGUUUAUACUCAAAAAUUAAACAUAACAAUUUUUCUGGUACUCUGAAUAAAAUGAUUCAUCAAUUAGUCAAAGAAAUAAUCGAUCUACUAAAGUCAACAAGAGGGGCUUCCAUUUCCACUUUGCCAAAAUUGUUGCAGAAUAUCAUAAAUAUGGAGGCCUGUAGAGGUUCCAUAAAAUUUGGAGACGUUUUGACAAAAAAUAAGUGCGCGGAACUGCUAGAAAAAUUAUCAACUUGUGAUCUACCGUUCCAGUGUGCUCAUGGAAGACCUACACUGACUCCUGUACUGGCCCUGGAUAGAAAAGAUAAACGGGUACGUCCUCGAGUGAAUUUCAGAAACUUACUUUGCGAUAACAAAUAACCUUAUAAGAAUAAAUGUAUGUAAUAUAUAAUUGUAGUCUGUUUAUUAUUA